AUGACCCCCUCCCCUACUCACUCUCACAGGGUCAACCCCCGCGUCAUUGACUGCAUCAAGGAGUUGUGCGAGGACCCCGCCAACACGGUGGUGCUCUUCAGCGGCAGCGAGUGCCACAAGCUCGAGGAGACGUUUGGGGUGCUGCCCGUGUGGCUGGCCGCGGAGAACGGCGUCUACCUGCGCCCGCCGCCCAGCAUCGACUCGGAGGGCGGCGCGGCGCUUGCGGAGUGGGUGUGCCUGUUUGACACGCUGCCAAAGGAGUGGAUGGAGAGCGUCCAGCUGGUGCUCGACUACUUCUGCGAGAGGACACCACGGUCGUUUGUGGAGGUGCGUGAGACGAGCCUGGUGUGGAACUACAAGCACGCUGACCUGGAGUUUGGCCGCCUGCAGGCCAGGGACCUCCUGCAGCACCUGUGGACCGGCCCAAUCAGCAACGCGCCGGUGGAGAUCAUCCAGGGCGGCCGCAGCGUGGAGGUCCGCCCCGUCGGCGUGACCAAGGGCGUCGCCCUGCAGCGCAUCCUCGUGCACAUGGCCGACAACCUCGGACCAGAUCACGUGUCCUUCGACUUCUGCUUCUGCGUCGGCCACCUGCUGGCCCGGGACGAAAACAUGUACUCGUUAUUGGAGGGCCAAAAAAUUGACGGCCAGAGCCGGGCAGACCUGAGGGCCGCCGUGCAGCACCAAGUCCAGCAGGCGGCCGCCGCGGCUGCGGCCGCAGCAGCUGCGCAGCACGAGCGCCACCUGCACCGCCAAGCCGCGCGCCAGCAGGAGCAGCGGCGCCAGGCGCAGGCCGCGGCGGCGGCGGCGGCGCACCUGGCGGCGCCGCACCACGGGCACCAGCACCCGCACCAGGUCAAUGGGGCGGUUGUCGACGCGGCGGUCGCGGUCGCGACGGCGGCGCAGGCCUCCUCAUCGGCAGCGGCGGCGGCGGCGCCGCUGCCACCCUUCGCCGCGGCGCCGCUGCCGGGUAUCCCGGAGGUUCCACACCUGGAGGCGGGGGCGGCGGGCGGGCAGCUGCAGCAGCAGCGGCAGUGGCAGCGGCUGCAGCAGCAACAGCAGCCGCCGGAGUGGGGCGUGCCGGCGGUGUCGCCGGACGGCCAGGCGCGGCUGGGCAGCUCCACGCCUGAGCUGCUGAGCUUUGAGGAGAGCUCAACCGAGUGGCGGCGGGAGCCGCAGCAGCAGGUGCAGGUGCAGGAGCAGCAGCAGCAGCAGCAGCAGCCGCAGCAGCAGUUGCCACGACAGCAGCAGCAGCCGCCGCCACCGCUGCCGCCGCAGCAGCAGCAGCAGCAGCAGCAGCAGCAGCAGCAGCAGCAGCCGCGCCUGCGCCUCAGCACCGGCAGCGACGGCGCAUCACCGAAGGCCAGCGCGCUCCCGCCGCUGGCGCCUCCGCGGCCGGGCGCAGCCCCCGCCGCGCCCGCUCGCGCGGCCAGCCCGCCCCUGACGGGCGGCGGCGGAGGGCCGUCUGUAUCGUUUGCGGGGUCGCCCGCCGCCGCGCACGGCCACCGGCGGCGGCCCUCAAUCGAGAGCGUCACCCCCGACGGCAUGGGCCGCUUGGUGCGGCUGCAGUUCCCGCCGCGCUUCCUGUACACGUGCACAGUGGGCCGCGUGAAGUCCAAGGCGCGCUUCAGCCUGAGCGGGUCAAACGACGUGGCGGCGCUGCUGGAGGCGAUAGUUUACCAGAUCCUUGUGGAGCGCGGCGGCGCGGCGGGCGCGCCGCCGCCCCUGCCGCCGCCGCAGCAGCAGCAGCAGGAGCCGCAGCAGGAGCCGCAGCAGCAGCAGCAACAGCAACAGCAGCAGCAGCAGGUGCGAAUCGGCGGCGAAGGCGACGGCGGGGCCGCAAGGGAGGCGGCCGCGGCGGCGGGCCGGGGCGAAGGGGGGCGCCCGCUCGACGGCAGGUUUGUAGACUCGGACGGUGGCGGCGGCGGCGGCAUAAGCGACUACGUCGCAGCGUCGACCCCGCCGCCGCCACUCGCGGCCGGCCCGGGCGGCCUGGCCGCCGGGGGCAGCAGCGGCGGCGGCGCGAGCAGCGCGGGCGAGGACUGGGGGCGGUACGCGCUGGAGACGUCCUAUGGAUCGCACCCGGUGCCGCAGCCGCCGACGACGGGCGGCCAGGUCAGCCGGCUGUCUGACGGCGGCGGGCCGGAGGGUGUGGGCGUUAUGGGGGUGCUGCCGGUGCCGCGGGGUGACGCGGUGGGGCCGGAGGUCGAAAGGGCCUCGUGGGCGGAAGGCGAGGAGCCACAGCAGGAGCAGCAGCAGCAGCAGCAGCAGCAGCAGGAGCGAGGCGGCGGCGCCGCCGCGUGGCCGCCGAGGCGCGGGCAGGCGGCCGGUCCAAAGGCGGAGGGGCCGCCAGCCUCGCCGCCUCCCAGGGGGCCGCCGCUGGAGGCCGAUGCGUAUGGCUUCACUUGCAGUGGCGCGAAGCCGUCCGUGCCAAUUGCGGGCCCGCCGCCGGCGGUCGGUGAGCCGCGCGGCGGCCUGACGACCGGCGGCGGCGGCGGCGGCGGCGGGCCCAUUGGCAGCAGCUCAAGCGGCAUCGCGCCGCGGCCGCGGCCGGGCCCGGGGGGAACCGACGGGCGCGGCGGCAGGCCUGCUGGCGGCGGGGUUGGGAUGUUUGGGUCGAGCGGGCCCCCGGGCAGCGUGGUGGACGAGCUGCUGCAGCGGCCGCCCACGGCCCACCUCAGCGGCAGCGACAAGCAGCGGCAGCGGGGGUGA